CAUUUUGGACGAACCGCAUGCUCAAAUAUGCAAGUGAGUUUGUUCUAAUUUUAGCCAGGUGGAAUAGUCGUGAUUUAAUCACGGGUCAAUAUGUUUGUUCUUGAGGUCUUCGGCUCGUAAAAAAAGGUCAAUAGAUUUAGAGGUGUAAUCCAGAUUGUAUUCCAGUAGAUUUUUUUUGUUAAACUUCAUUCUCAACAUGAAGGGAAUUGUUGAAGAGCCCAUCGACACCGAAAGUGCUGGUUUUGGGUGCGCCGUGACAAACCGUUUUGGUCAGCUUUUAGACGACGAGGCCGACCCGUUCGACAUCAUUCGAGAGGCUCAGGUGGAGAAGCAGAAGAAAAAGAAGAAGGAUGAGCCUAAAAAAACUGCCACUACAGAUAAACUUGUUAAGAAGGACUCUCAAAAGGACAGGAGAACUGCAUUGAGUGCUGGGGAAUGCGACAAUGCACACGUUAAAAGUUUACAGGGUCCGAAAUAUCCUCAAGGUGCACCUGGCCAUGUAGAGGAGCGACGAGUUGGCUUCCGGGAUCGAAGGCAGAACGACAGUGAAGCACCCCUAGGAUACUCUAUUGAAAGGCCUGUGGAUCAGGGUGAGCGUCCUGGAAGGGGCCGAGGUGGAGGCCGUGGAAGAGGAAUGCGUGGCGGGGGCAACAUAAGAUCCACAGAUGGCUUUGACCAGAGAGGCAAGAGGGAGUUCGAGCGCCACAGUGGCAGUGAUAGAACUGGUGUGCGGUCAGAGGAGAAGCGAGGGGGCAGUGGUCCACGUAACUGGGGAUCUAUGAGGGACCACAUAAGUGCGGUGGCUGAUGGUGCGGCGACUGAGGGAGGUGACGGAUAUGAGGUGGCAGAGACUGGUGCUAAUCUCGCCCCUGAGAAUGAAGGCGAGGGGGAAGCAGUGGUGGAGGUUGCUGUGGAGAUGUCUCUGGAUGAGUGGAAAGCCCUGCAAGAACAGAACCGGCCCAAGAAGGAGUUCAACCUGCGCAAGGCUGAUACCAUUGUGCCUUCUAACUCAGUGGUCAUCCACAAGUCCAAGAAACAGGUUGAGCAGGAGGAGGUUGAGGAGGAUGAGGAGGAUGAUGCUGCAUCUCUCCGUCGCCCCGCCAAUGACAUCACAGCCAAGCUGAAGAUUGACUUUGGCAGCCUGGGACGACCAUCACGGGGGACCAGAGGAAGAGGGGGGCGUGAACGAGGUGGCCCAGCCACACGGCCAGAGACCGUUUCUCCUCAGAAGCCUCCUGAAAAGGCUCGGGUCCAGCAGGGACAGGCACCAAACCCUGAUGACCCAGAGGACUUCCCUGCCCUGGCCUAAAGGAAGGGACCGGCAUUAGACCAGAGCCCAGUCCAUUGGUGGCCCUUCACCUGUACUGUGCUUUAGUGGAAGGAAUGAGCUGCACUUCCCAAGAGAAGCAAAAAAGAAAACUGGUUUGCUCCUAUACAUCCCAAAGAACUGUAUAUAAAUCAGAGUUCAUCUGAAUGGCCUUUCAUUGUAAUGGGAAAUAUGAAUACUUGACCUGUUUAUAAUAAUAAAUGCACUGUUGACAUUGACACGUCUGGUAUAGGAUACAGUUUGUACAACCUUGUGUAUAUUGACAUGGUGAUGGACCCCUUUAUUGUUUGCUCCAGUGAAAAUGUAUACAUUUAAUUUGAGCACAUUAAUUACUGUAGUUGAUGGCCAUUUGUGCCCAUGCCUAGACCUGCAGCGUGCCUUUGUCAGCCACAGGGUGGAGUCGAGACCAUUUCAGUCCUCACAAGCCAUCUCAAAUUUGCCUCAAGCCAUCGAACAACCGCUCAUCCAAAUGUUAAACUGCAUGUGAUACUUGGCCUAUUAGAGUAAAUUGCUUGGUGUAUUCAUCUUUAUUGUAGAAUGUGUUAUAGGCUAUAGAAAUGCUUUGCGGGACAUGUAAACAUCUGUGUACUUUUCCAUUCUGUAGUAGUGUCAGUAACCGAGCUCUCCCCCUGCUGUUCACUAGUAAUGAACUUCAAUCCAUGAAGCUUCCUGUCAUUAAAUACCUUUCGUAGCGCCAUUGCCCCAGCCAGCUCCACUUUUUUCUCCUGUGAAACUAAGCUGGUCGCUCACUUUUAAUGCCACUUUAAUGAAUUUUGUUCAACCGUUUGUGUUGAUGCUCAAGAAUUUGGUGUGUUUAAACUUUGUCCCCUAGUGAGGAUGGUCAGUUUUAAGUUCCUACUUUACUUUGGGCUUCUUAACAAUUAGAAUCAGUUGGUCGGGGAGCAACACUCAUUGGUCUGCUCAUCGGUUAACCUAUUCACAGAAAAUAGUCUUUGACCUGUCUGAUUUCUUAUAAGGAAUUUUUUUAUUUAUUAAAGAGACAGCUAGGCUACAUGA